GAUAAAGAACAAACGUUAAUAUAUUGUCUUUUAAUGCUCUUUUCCGAAGUGAAGAUUUCAAUGAGAACUAUUUCUCAAAAAAUAUAUAUAUUUGGGAAAAUAAUGCAGUUUAAAUAAAAAAAAGAAUUCAUCAGACACUUGUUUUUUUUAUUUUCAAAAAAGUUAACGACAAGGCAAAAAAUCGAAUAUUUUUUCAGCAACACAUAGAUUGUGUAUAUUGCAAGGAUUGCAAUUCUGGUGGUGAAAUAAUACAUUUCUAUUUAUUUUAUUGGUCUAAAAGUUUUCAAAUUUGAAUAUCUUGAGUCCAAAACCGACUGGAAAGAGUCUAGAAAAUAUAAUUUUUAUUGUAUAAUGUCACCGCCAGGUCUUCAGUAUGAAGUUAGAGCGACCGACCUGUUGCCUAGCAACGAACAAUGGGAAGACGGCAAACUUUUCGCACUUAUGCUAGCUUAAAUCGUGUUUUUAACUAACUUAUCAUAACAUUAAAUAGAAUGCGGGCCUACUUCUAUAUCCGCGACAGACAUGCACAAGUGACUACCACCAGCAAAAACAGGAGAUUUCAGAGAUUUUGAAUCCCGUGUAAAGAAGCAGUGGAGAUGAUGACCCCUGGUGAGAGGAGCACAACAACUACAGUCCUCCUACCCACCAGUCCCACCCCCACAAAGAAGCGAACACCUGAAAAACAGAUUGUGCUCAAGCAGGAUGUGGAGCAACCUUUGGGCAAGAUCAUCUUCUUUGAGAAUGUGCAGCGCUUGUUCACUCAUGGACUCCGUCGCCUGCAGCAUUUCCCCUGCAGCAGCCCUGUGCGUUUCAUGAUGUAUUCUGAGGCCUCUGCGGCGUUCAUUAGCCUCCACUCAGACAACACAGUCUGUCUUUACAAAACUGAUAGCUGCAAGCAGAAUUUCUCAGCACGCUUACCUUUCAUGGGCUUGACUGCUACAAAGAUCUCAGGCUUUCUGGUGGGAUGGGGCCCCGGGCCAGUCUUCACACGCCUGGACAGCGAGCUACGGCCACUGGUGGCUGGUGACGAUGCAUUGGACAUAAGAGUGUGUCAGGCUGCAGAGCACUCCACAGAGUUGGUGACUGCAGGUGUGGGGAAUGUGUGUGUGUGGUCGGUGAUGCUCAUGAGGUGUAAGGUGAAGAUACAGGAGGGGCUGCAGCAAAGCUCCUUCAACCACAUGGCACUGGUCCCUCCACGAUCCGACAGGCCCCACAGGGCCUUUGUUGCAUGUGGAGAGGUCGUGACAGUGGUCGACCUCGAUGCCGGGAAGGUUCUGGAGCAAAGGCAGACCGUCUACAAAUGCGAUGUCACUGCAAUGGUGUACUGCUCUCAACUGGACUGUUUGAUCAUUGCUUACCAAGACUUGUCUAUUAGAGCGUGGAGUCCAGGCUGGAAGCUACGCGUAGCUUUUUCAGGACAUAAUGAUGUGGUGAAUUCCCUGUUCUACUGCUCUGAGUUGAGCAUGCUGGUGUCAUCCUCAGUGGAUUGUACAAUCCGUUGCUGGAAUGUGGAAGAGCGUGAUGCAGUCGAUUGCAUCCACACAGAGCAGAAAAAUGCUCCUUUGUACAUUGGAGGCACCAGAAGAGGAGACACCUUCUUCUCUUUUUCGCACGAAGGGGUGGACUUUUGGACCAUCAGAACUUUAUACACCCUCCACUGUCAACUGAGAGCAGAUAAAGGUGCUCCGCUGAGACAAAUCCUAGUGUCAUCCCUGCCUGCUCCUUACCCUACACGAGUCCUCUGCCUCAGUGACGACAGCAAUAUCACUCUUGUGGCUGCAGAAACAGGAGCAGUGUUGACCUCUUUCAAGGCAAAGAACAAGAUUCUAUGUGCUGACUACUGCAUGCACAAAGAGAUUCUGCUGGCCUUAACUGAGGCAGGUACAGUGCUCCAAGCCAACACACUCACUAAUCCAAUCACUUUGAUGCAAGAGUGGAAAGGCAGAGGUCAGGGGCCCUGGCAGCAGAGGGACGACGUGACAGAAAAUGAUGCCCGGAAUCUGCCGAUCCCUGGCCCAGCUUGCUGCCUGGUUCUCUACAGUUAUGUGCCAGAAACAGAGAAAGCUCUAGAGGACUGGAGGAGUUUACAGGACAGGAGGGGCUGCAGUCAGAGGAACAAGGCAGCGCUGGAUGAUGGCAAGAAUAAGUUUUUGAUCAUUCUUGGCCAAAGUGGAGGCUGUGUGAGUGUUCUGAAAAUGAAGGAUGGGAAAGUCUCAUACAGGACUCCAGCACACAAUGGACAAAGAGUAACCACAGUGCAGGUGUAUCCUGAGAACAACUACCUCCUCUCCACAGGCGAGGACUUGACAGUGGUGGUGUGGAGAGUAAACCCUUACAUCAGGGAGUGUCUCACCAAACAACUGAGCCUGCACUGUGGUCAGCCUCAAGUCUACCUGGCAGCUCUGGGUCCUCAGCUGGCCCUGACGUUUCAAGAGCCCAACAGUGGCUCCUAUAAUCUGAAACACUUCAACCUACUCAACCAGAGCCAGACAGAUAACCAGCCCACAGAAGGGCAUUCAGACCACUGCACAGGACUGUGUGUGUUUCCUGAUCUGGAGAUGUUUGUUUCCAGCAGUCUAGAUAAGACGAUGCAUAUCUGGAACAAGGAGAAUCACCUCAUCAGGACGCUCCAGCUGAAUGCAGCCCCUGAGUGUCUUGCAUAUGGUGGGUUUGGAGGAGAACUGUUUCUUGGCAUUAGAGGUGACCUGUACAGGAUGAACUGUGCAAAGCUCCUUCCACAGAACUACAGACAAACACUCCCUUACUCUUAUUGUGUCGUGCCUCCUCCUGACUUGCCUAUCCCAGAGAGUAAAGAGACAUACAACCAAACAAAGAUUUCCACAGAUAAAGAGGAAUCACAAGCAAUCGCCAGCAAUCAAUUACUGACUGAGCCAGAACAGAAGGAGAGCUUAGUAACCUCGAGCAUGGACCUAGCUGCACUCCUGCAAGGCACAGUUAAAUGCAAAAAAGGGAAGCCUCCGAGUACGGCGCAAACCAAGAAAGAGGCCUUUGAUCGCUACAUGAAAAUAAUAUAUGGCCUUCCACUCAAAAUUAAGGUUAAUUUGGAGGACACCUUUGAUGAAUCUUCAUUUUAUUCUGAACUAAAUGACAUCAGGCCUUGUGACUUUCAUAUGGUAAAGAAGGACGUUGGCCCUAAACCGAACGUUCCUACAAGACCCGUGGAGAAGGAUACCAUGGAGCAAAAUGUACAACUGCUGAAGAAAAAGACGCCAGCAAUCGCAAUAAAAGUCAAGCCACCGCCUGUUAAGAGAGUCUUACCCAAGAAACCCGUCAUUGUGGAAGAGGAAAAAGAGAUAAGACCUCCAGAGAUCAUUUCUCCAGUAGAGCAACCCAAACCCCAAACCCCUCCUCCGGCUCCACCUCGUCCUCGUUUUAUUCCCAGGAGCCCAACACCACCUCCACAGAGAGAACCGUCCCCUGAAGUGCCAGCAUUUCUGAAACAGUUUGCAGAGAUGGACUGGUUUAUUGACUUGUUCCCUGAUAGAAAGAGUAUCCACAGCAUCCUGUCUCCAGAGGACUUCUCCCUGCUGCUGCUGAACCAUCUGCAGACCUGCAGCAUCCUGUCCAAGAUAAAGAUCCUCGCUGCAGUGCAGAUCCUGCACAGCCAGGGGCUCUUACAGAAUAUAGACAAACUUUACCAAGGCCUCAUUGACUGCCUGCACAAAUUUGCACAACAUGACAUGUCGCCUUUGGAACGAAGUAUGCUGGCUGAAAUGUUAAAGCUGUUGGUGCGUCUAAGAUCUGCUAGUUGUGAUCUCGUGAAGACGCUUCUAACUCUUCUAGCCUAUAAAAAACUAGGCCUUCGGGAGACAGUAAUGCCCAUUCUGAGAAGAUUAGGUGUGGAUGAGGCUAAACAGUGGCUGUGGCCCGAGUUGGAAAGCUGGGACUCAGAGCUGCAGGACGAUUCAGACCCCUGGAAGAGCCUCCACGACAGAGCAGACUGGUGGUUGGAGUUAUGGAUCUCCAGAUACAAAGAGCAUAACAGGUAUCUGUACCUCAGGAGUACAGCAAAUUGGAAACCCUCAACCUUCAGCAUGGUGGAUGUGCUGAAUUAUUUCUGCUCUGUGAAAAAAGAGGAGCACAGUAGAGCCAGAUCUGUUGCACCUGCUGGCAGCAAAAACACAGUGCUUUUGCCUUUGUAUGACUGUAGUUCCCAACCAAUCUUUCGUCUAGGAGAGACGUACAGCAUGACCAGGACACGCAGGCCGCCAGGUAUAACUCUGCCCCCUCUACAAAAUCGUCCCUUCCUGAUGCACUUCCCCGGUUUCAUCUGUUUGCCGUUACCUCGAGUCACUCUGAGCCCAUUUCAAACCUACUCAGACGAGGACUGGGUGAGGAGCUCGACUCGACGCUACUUCAUUCAACGUCAGUCCUGGGUAGAGUACUACAGAUGAUGCUUCUCAGAAUGUAACAUAGUCUGUAGCAAUCCCAGUAACACCUGUACCACACUUUAAACCAUUUGCAACAAUUAAACAGCUCUCAAAA